AUGUCGUCGUCCUUCUGCGAGUGGGAGAAGACCAACGGCAUCGUCCAUCUGAAGCUCACCGGAGCCGACGGCCAUCACUACCUAACCGACGAGGGUCUCAAGGAGCUCUGCAGCGAGCUUGCCAAGAUCCGCGAGGACGCAGCGUCCGAGCCAUGCCGUGCCCUCAUCACCACCUCGUCCCCGGGCUCCUUCUGCGACGGCAUCGACUACGAUGACCUCAAGAGAAGCAUGAACCCGGCGGAGCAGGCCAAAGCCCUGUCGGACGGCAUGGCCGCGGUGAUAAAGGAGCUCCUGGAGAUGCCGAUGCUGACGGUGUGCGCCGCCACGGGCGACGCGGCGUCCCUGGGGCUGGCCCUGGCGCUUGCGCACGACGACCUCGUCGUCCUCAGCGACGCGUCCUACAGGCUCGGCAUGGUGGAGGACGGCGUCGCCGUGCAGCCGCACAUCGCCUCGCUGGUCCGGGAGAAGACGGACCGGUGGUACACGCUGACCACGCUCAAGUCACGGUGGCGCAGCGGCAACUGGAUGAGGAAAUGGUAUUUCGCCGACUGUGAAGCCGGCACUCCAGAUGGUGUGCUGGUCGAGGCCAAGAAGCUGGUCGAGGAAUGGGCCGGCAGCGACGGCGAGGUGCAUGCCGACAUGAGGAAGCAGCUGUACCGGGAGUCCUGGAAUGCAGUCUCAGUUCUCCAGCUAGUUCCUGAAUGA